UUUGUGUUAUUAUUAUUUAAUAUUACUGUGUCCAAAUAUUUUUGAUCAACAAAGUUUCAGGGUUAUUAAGAAAGAUCCCGCCUCCAGCAUUAUCAUCAUCAUCAUCUCGCUCUCUCUCUCUCUCUCUCUCUCGCGGGUGCGGUGCCAUCAUAAAAACUUGUGCGCACCAACAUCAGUAACGCUUUAAAAUCCUGAAGCUCCGUGGAGAUUUGCUGCCAUUACAUGGAAGAAACACACCGUCUUCACGUCUGCAGUGCGUUUGUUUCUUCUUCUUCUUCUUCUUCUUCUUCUUCUUGUUUUUUGUGAAAUGGGUUUGUCUUUAUUGCUCAUAUAAAAUCAUCAUCAAAGUCUCAUUACAGAGAUCAUUCCAGUCUUUUGCGCGCGAAUCCCGUGACUCUGGCGCGUUUCCUUUGUAAAUUUACGCGGUGCGUCCUUAAUAUCAGUAUGACACUUCUGUGGCUCUGAGAAAUGUUUUUGGUUUUUUACCUUUUGCACUUAAAUGCAUUUGAUCGCAAAUACAGACUGUGUCUAAGGAGGACACGACUGGAUUACAUGUCUCUAAAAAUGAAUUUUCUCGGAGUGAGGAAGACGCGCGUGGACAGGCGAUGAUAAAGGCGUGAUGAGUUUCAUUCUGUGGCAUAUAUUUUAUGUAGUUUUAAACACGUCCCUGGAUAUGUAAAAAUUUUCUUCUUUUUCUUCUUUUUCUCCUUUUCUUCUAUUUCGUUGUGAUUGAAACCUGAGAAGAAACUCUGCAGACUUUAACGCGUGAUCGGACUGCGUUUUCUUGCACAGACUGAGCCGCGUGUGGUGAUGAACGCACAGCCUUCAUCCUGAUCUAAUGAGAAAGCUCUGCGUGAAGAUCCUGCGAAGACAAUUUGAUGUGCUUCGAAACACAUUUUUGUUUGAAGAUACACACCAACCUUGAUGUCAGGAGGAUGCAUUCGGAUAGUAGACACCACCUGUGACACUUUUAUUCAGUGAAAUGCAUUUGUUAUUGCAAAAGAAAACCAGAAGCGAUGUGAUUGUGGGCAUGAGAGGUAUCAGGAAGCUUUUUUUUAUAGUGUUUAUUUUAUAGAAAUACAUUUUACUGUGAGUGUGAUUUGUUUAGGAGGAUUUUUGUUGUAUGGAAGAUGUUCAGAGAGCGCAUUAUGACUGAAGAGGAUGUGGAACUUUCCGGUGCGUAUCUGAAUGGGAACUCUGGCGCUUUCUCUUUCAUAGGUUAAUAAAACACUUUUGUUUGGCAAAAGUCGGACGGCGAUGUGUGAGCAGGAGGUUUGGGGUGUUUGCGCACGGACUCGGGGACAGUUUAAGAUGCGGUGCAUUGUUCUGUUCUCUGUGGGAACAUGAUGGCAUGUCGAGGCUCGUGCUGCUGUUUGGGUCUGGGCUCUGCAAGCGAGGACACGGCGCGCUUCGCCAUGCUGGCGCUCCUCAUCCUGUUUUACCUGGUGUGCGGCGCCGCCGUGUUCUCCGCGCUCGAGCGGCCGGAGGAGGAGCAGGCCAAGGGCCGCUGGGCGCGCAGCUUCGACCUCUUCAGCCGCAAGCACAACGUCAGCCGCAAGGAGCUCGAGGGGUUCCUCAGAGCCUACGAAGAGGCCACCGGGGCUGGCAUCCGUGUGGACCGACCCAGGGCUCGCUGGGAUUUCCAAGGAGCUUUCUACUUUGUGGGUACUGUUGUGUCCACUAUCGGGUUUGGGAUGACCACGCCGGCCACGGUGGGUGGAAAAAUCUUCCUGAUUUUUUACGGACUGAUCGGCUGUGCUGCCACCAUCCUGUUUUUCAACCUGUUUUUGGAGAGAAUUAUAACCGUGCUUGCAUUUGUGCUGAAGUCAUGCCACGAAGCCCAACAUCGGAGGAAAGGCGUACUGCCUCACGACAGCAGGCAUGAGGCGGGCCACGCGAGGCAGCACGGCGAGGACAGUCUGGCAGGAUGGAAGCCGUCUGUGUACUGCGUGAUGCUCAUUCUCUGCGUGGCAGCCGUCAUUAUAUCGUGCUGCGCCUCUGCAAUGUAUUCCUCGAUGGAGGGCUGGGGUUAUCUGGACUCUCUGUACUUCUGCUUCGUAGCGUUCAGCACUAUAGGAUUCGGGGACAUGGUGAGCGGCCAGCGCGCUGCCUACGACAACCAGACUCUCUACAGCCUGGGCAACUUUAUCUUCAUCCUCAUGGGGGCUUGUUGCAUCUACUCACUCUUCAAUGUCAUAUCCAUCGUCAUCAAGCAGGUUCUCAACUGGCUUCUGAAGAAGCUCGAGAUACCAUGCCGCCACUGCCCGGGAAGGAACCUGCGUCCGGGAAGGAACGCUAUAAUGCCCGGCCACUUCCGUACCAGAGUCCGGAACAUCUCCAUAGACACGGACGCCGUUAAUGAGAGCGAAACGGACGGCCGCAGGAUGUCUGGGGAGAUGAUCUCCAUGAGAGACUUUCUGGCUGCUAAUAAGGUCAACUUGGCCAUCAUGCAGAAACAGCUGUCCGAGACGGCCAACGGAUACCCUCGACCGCCCGGCUCCGUCAACCGGCACGAUGAAUUCUCUGGAGGAGUCGGAGCUCUGGGAAUCAUGAACAACAGACUAGCUGAGACAAGUGUAGACAGAUAAAUCUCCACAAAACAACCCAAAGAAGUCUAAGGCCAUCCAUCCUGUACCCAUUUGCUCAGCUCUGUAUCUACAAGUAUACUGCUGCUUCUAUCUUGCUCUCUAUGUCUCCUAAAGUGGUACAUAAGCUCAGGAGUGCUUUAGAAGAUAUCUCUAAACUUGAUGAACUCUUUGCUGAAUCAGAAAGUUGUUUAGAUAUAAAAAUCGCGUCUUCUCUGUAAAGUAGGCUACAUGAUAUUUUUGGAGUCUAGUUCAGCUAAUUUAUCCAGAUGAAGCUAUUUUAAUAUCAGAGUGCAUGCUUUGCUGAAACUUGGAUCUCAAAUGGUGUACUCUGCAUACUUAAGGUUAGAUUAGUGUGCUUGCCGUCAGAUGUGGAAGUACCUGAAAAUCAAGUGUACAAUGUUUUUGCGCUUGGUAAGCAAGACCAAGAAGGGGAGUAGACAGAGAACACUAAUAUCAAUAAAGUUUGUAUGCAAUUCAGGAGCAAAAUUCAAACCAUAUAAAUUCAGAAAGAGUUCUAGAAACAUUAUUGUAGUUAAUAGCACAGGUAAGCCAGGUCAGAACCAGAAAGUCCAAAAACUCAGAAAACAAGUGUUCUCGGUGGCAAUUCAUUAACUGACCAUUUUUGGAGAGAAUAAAGAAGAAUUUUUAGGGAUAUGUUAACUCUUUUUUUUGUUCUUGUGUAUUGGAAUGCCAUUAAAAGAUGACGUCUGGCAAAAACACCGUGACCUAACACACACACACACAUGAUUUCAAGAUAAAGCUUUGUAAUGAAAUGAAACAUGGACAAUGUAAUCAUGAACUAACAAAAAACAGGUGGACAUAAUCAGGUAACAAGCCAGUGACAGGACAGGAGCAGAGAAAGGACUAGAGCGGAAACAAAAACCCAGUGCAUGUCGCAGUGGGAAUCUGGGUAUGUUGGAGUAUAAAUCUGUGGCAGUUUUCUGUGUAGAACAGUUUUCAGUAUAUCUACACAAAUCAGUACCACGUCCUCAGCACUUCAGUGUACGGAGAACGGUACACCAUUUGAGACACAGCUCUUUACAGCUGAUUUAUUUGAAAUCAAUAAUCUGCAAUUAUUCCUCCUGCCUCCAGUACAGCUGCUGCGGUUACAGACAAGUUCUCAUCGAUUUCUCACAGAGUUCAUCUACAUACACACGUUAAAAAUUAAAUGAUAACACAGUUAGAAAAGGUGAUCUUAGGAAAUCAUGCUGUUUACUUUUUCCAUUAAAAUAUUCUGCAAUUAAUAUAUAAACAUCUAAUAAAAUAUAAGAAACUUUACAGGAAAAUGUGCCACAUAGUUGAUACUGAAGCAACUGCUAGCUAGACUCUUCCUCGCUGCUCAUGUGGAACUCUUGUUUUAUUUUCAUGCUUUAAAAUGAUUUUAGGUUUUUUAAAGGUACAUUUUGUAGCUGAAACACACGCAUACGGACGCUACACUCUCAGACAUAAAGGACCAAACAGUAUUUUACUCUUUUAGCUUAAUCAUGGAUGGAUGGGUGGAUAGAUGGAUCACAUGGACGGAUGGA